AUGCCUAUGGAAGGUGAAGCGAUCUCUGAUUCAUACAUUGUUGUCCUCAAGGACCAUGUGGAUUCGACACAAGCGUUAGGACAUUGUUCUUGGGUGAGUGACAUGUCGUCGUCCAUCACUACUGGCAAGGCGCGCAACGACUAUUUCUUGGAUAGCGAGGCAUUGAUGGGUAUCCAAUACACGUAUGACAGCCCAACAUGGCGUGGCUAUAGUGGCAAGUUUUCAUCCGAGACGCUUGAACACAUUCGACGAUCGCCUGAUGUUGCGUAUGUGGAGCAUGAUUCGAUGGUAUAUACUUCCGAAAUGCAACGUAAUGCACCUUGGGGACUUGCACGUAUUUCGCAUCGUAAUGCAUUGAGUUUGAGCACGUUCAACAAAUAUCCACACAAGGGCCAAGGUGGAGAAGAUGUCAAGGUCUACGUGAUUGAUACAGGCAUCAAUGUCAAGCAUCAUGAUUUUGAAGGCCGUGCUGAGUGGGGUAUCACCAUCCCUGAAAACGAAGCUGAUGAAGAUGGCAACGGCCAUGGCUCUCACUGUGCUGGUACGAUUGCUGGUAAACGUUUUGGUGUUGCGAAGAAAGCACGACCUGUGGCUGUUAAAGUAUUACGAUCCAAUGGUUCUGGUAGCAUGUCUGGUGUCUUGGCAGGUGUUAAUUGGGCCACUGAACAACAUCAAUUGGAUGCAUCACGUGCUGGUCACAAGUACAAGGGGUCCGUUGCUAAUAUGAGUUUGGGUGGUGGACGAUCCAAUGCGCUCAAUAUGGCUGUGAAUGAAGCUGUCAAGAGUGGCAUGGUGUUCGCAGUGGCUGCUGGUAAUGAUAAUCGCAACGCUUGUCAAUAUUCACCUGCUGGUGCUGAGAAUGCCAUCACUGUGGGUGCAUCCAACAUCCGUGAUGAAAGGGCUUAUUUCAGCAAUCAUGGUCCUUGUGUCGAUGUAUUCGCUCCUGGUGAAAAUAUCCUCAGCGUAUGGAAUAGUGGUCCUGAUUCAACCAACACGAUCAGUGGUACAUCCAUGGCUUCUCCUCAUGUUGCUGGUCUUGCUGCUUACUUUGUGAGCUUGGCUGAGAAUAAUGGCACACAACCAGUGGAUCCCAAGAAAAUCAAGCAACAGAUUCUCGAUCUUGCUACUCGUGAUAAGCUUUCCAACUUGCCCAAGGAUACGACCAAUCUUUUGAUUUACAAUGAUGGCGAGAGCUUAGCCAUGUUGCAAUAA